AUGGAUCUAGAAUUUGAAGACCACGAGUACAUCGACUCCGAUGCUGAAUCCGACUCCUCGGAGACAGCCUAUUUCAAGGAAAAUAGCGGCUUUUCGCCAUCAUGUGGUCUCUGCAGGUUCGACUUUCGUCCUGGUGACAGCGUUGUCGUUUGCAUCCGACAUGUCAGAUCACUCUCUUACCAUUCUGUCGGUGGUGACGAGAUCCAGAUCCUUUCUGGCCCUCAGGAAAACGUCAACAUCUUCGUUACCCAUGAUUAUCAGGGAGUAGUUGACAUCAUAGCAAACUCUGCUGAGGAUAUACCUUCGGUAAAAGAACAUCCUGACAGAUGGUGGACCUUGUUUACGCCGAGGGAAAUGCCGUUUUAUCUAAAAGCAAGGUUUGAUGGAAUCAAGCUUCGAGACCUGGCAGCUUACAAGUACGCCGAAGACCAGCCCAGGUUUCCAGAAGAUCUACGGUGGUCAGUCCUGCCAACAACCUUAGAUCCUAUUCCUGAGCCCCCAAUUCCCUGUAAUUCGUUCCUCGGUAACAAGGUCAUCUCGGCUAUUGAUUGGAAUCAGCCCGAUGUCAUCGGGUACUCAUUCUAUGUAUGGGACAAUACCAUCAUGAAGAUUAUUCCUCACAAAGUCGGUGAAAAGCAUCCUUACAACUUCGGCACUACCUCACAGUAUAGACACUCUUGGGUGUAUUUCCCUGUCGAUUCGGGCGAGCGAAUCUCAGAGGUUUGGCUACGUCGCUAUGGCGUCAAACUUGUCAGCGAUCUCCGUAGCCCUAUGGCAACCCUUAUACUUCGAACGAGUAAGGGCCGCCUGCUCACUCUUGGCCCUCAGUUGAAGUAUCAGCAGUCUGUGAGAUACAAAACACACGCCAAGUAUGACCUUGUCGCAACUUUGCCACAAACCUAUCCCUGUCGCAUGUACUUCGCGAACUGGGGAACGAGCGGCUCGUGGAUGAGGUUCGAAGGUGCAUCUACUUUCAAGAAGCUCAAACUACGUGGUCGCCGGAACAGAAGGCUUGGGCUGCUUCCUGAUAACUGCAAGUACCAGUACUCUUCUGCCGAACUUGAAGGGGUCCGAACUAUCACUCCGUGUGUGUCCCGGCGCGAUUACAGCCGUGAUACGAUCCAUGGGCUUUUGCUUACCUACGAGGAUGGCCGCAAACGCUGCGUUGGCCAACUCCGUCUCGACCAUCUCCUUGCACCAAUUGAGGUCACCUCUGAAACCAUGUGGAUUGUCUGUCCUGAGACAGAUGAAAUCAGCUGGCGCGCUGAUGAAGAGAAGGAUGAAUCUGGUGUAUACUCCGUCAUGUUCGAGGAACCAGAUGCAGAUGAAUGGUACGGACGAUUUAUCAAGAUCCCCAUGCGAGGGCGUCUUGACUGGUACUUCAGUAAGCACCAGUGCCACGUGUCCCACCGCGACGACAGUGAGUCCCUGGACGAAUUCCUCGAGGUGCUGUCGCAAGAACCUGAACCCGGUAUACCACGUCGGGGCCAUGUAUUAAAGCCAUUUUCGGUUCUUGUUGGAAGAGGCGUGAGGUUAAUGGAGGAUUGGAACGUCGAAAGAAUGCAGUGGCACUGA